GUCGCAGUGAAUUAGUGUAGUUUAUAUAUAAUGAAAGUAUUACUUCACUUACUUGUACUUAUGAAGAUAUCUUCUUCCUGUUGGACUUUUGAAGUAGCUGUUAAAUGGAAGAAUAAAUACUUUAAAAACAGUUCUAAUUUUAAAAACCCACCAAGCUCUUUUGAAAUAGACUCUGAACGGAUUUAUCUGGCAAUGCCUCAGUAUCAUUAUACGGAUCAAACUAUUUCUUUAGGUUAUAUUAUUUACAACACAAGCACCCAUAAUCAAAUUUCACCAGAAAUUUAUCCCUUUCCAAAUAUGGAAACUCAUCUAACAAAUAAAACGAUCGUAUCUGCAACCUACAUACAGAGAUGCGUUAAUAAAUUAUGGGUUUUGGACAGUGGAGCUGUGAAUAUUACCAGCAACACCAACAAAACUCAACUAACUCAGCCAAAAAUAAUAUUUAUAGACUUGGAUAGCGACACAGUUAUGUUGAAUUUAUCAAUUCCCAAACAAUUCUACAGCGAUAAUAGUUUGUUAGUUAAUAUGGCAUACGAAGAAAGUAGCAGUAUUGAAGUGGGAUCAUUUAUUUAUAUCGCUGAUUGGGAAAUGGGAAUUAUAGUUUGCUCUCUAGGCAGACGGACAGAUCAAUUUUGGCUUGUUAAAAAGGAAGAUUGGAAUCCCAGCCCACAAUCUUUAACACCUUUAAACUGGAUGAACCACGGAACACUAACUUUGGCCGUAAAAAAUAAAUACGAAGACAACGAGCUUUGCUUUAACAGUUUGGACGUUGUGCCAGUUUAUUGCAUAAAAAGCAAUGCCCUAAAAAUAAUGUCGAAAUCCUAUACUGGCUUUGAAACGCUGCAAAGAUUCGAUGGCAAACAAAUAUUAUCGUCGGUUUUUUUAAGGAAAAAAAAUCUGUUUUUCUUCGGCCUUGUGAAAGAAAAAGGUUUGGGAUGUGUAAAUAGAAAUGUGAAAAAGGACCGACGUCACAACAUUGUGACUACAAAUAAAAAAACGAUGGUUCACCCUACAGAUGUCAAAAUUGAUGAUGCCGGCAAUUUGUGGCUGCUUAACGAUAGACUGGAAGGCUUUAUGUCGGGAAAAUUCGGGAACGUUUUUUUAUUAAAAGCUUCAGUAGACCAUAUUAUGAAACCAUGCCAAAAAGUAUCGGAAACAACAGUCAAAUCCGGAUGUCCCAGAACUGCUUCCUUCCCGAAUUUUGUGUUGCUUUCGAUUAUUUCUACAGUUUUAUGUAAUAGCCUCAAUAAUUUUUAUUAAAUAGAUAAGAAAUUAUUUUGUAAAAAAAUAAAGCACACAGUUU